GCGGGCGGCUGUGAGGCGGCGCCUUCAUGAGCGGGCGCUGCCGGGCGGUCGCCGCCUCCCUGCUGCGGGGGCUCCUUGGCCCUGUCGCCCUCAGUCUGGGCAGGAGCAUGAGCCUCUGCGGGGCGCCGGCCGCGGGCGGCGCCGGCACCGACGGCUCUUCCUCCUCCUCCUUCUCGGCGCGGCUGAGCCCGCCGUGGCUGCGGCUGCCUGAGGUGCCGGGUGCGGAGCCGCAGCGGGCCAACGAGCUGCUGCUGCUGGUGCCACCGGCCCCGCGCGGCCCGGCCCCGCCUCAGCAUCACGUCGUGUACUUCCCGGGGGACGUGCAGAACUAUUAUGACAUCAUGUCUUGCCACCCAGAAAACUUUCAGUGGGAGCAGUGGAGUUUUGAAAAUGUUGCUACCAUACUUGCUCGCCGAUUCCCUAAUAGCUUUAUUUGGGUUGUAAAGUGUUCUCGAAUGCACCUGCACAAAUUCAGUUGUUAUGACAACUUCGUGGCUAGCAACAUGUUUGGAGCACCAGAGCACAGCACCGACUUCGGAGCUUUCAAGCAUCUCCAUGCAUUGCUAGUUAAUGCAUUCAGAUUCUCUCAGAAUAUUCUGCUGUCCCAGAAAACCGUGCAUGGUUUCAACAAGGAUGCAAAAAUAUCUGCUUGUAAAUCACAGCCGCAGUCUGUACCUACAGCAAAUGGCUGCUCAUCCACAGAAGAGAGAGAUUAUGAAUGCUCUAAUAAUUCUGCUAUGGACUUCGUUAUGCCGUCUGCUGUAGGUGCGGUGUCAUUUACUUUGAUUGGCUUCAGUAAAGGUUGUGUGGUUUUGAACCAGCUGCUUUAUGAGCUGAAGGAAGCUAAAAAAGACAAGAAUACAGAUGCCUUCGUAAAAAACAUAAAAGCAAUUUACUGGUUGGAUGGUGGUCACUCGGGAGGAAGCAAUACUUGGGUUACUUACCCUGAAGUGCUGAAAGAACUUGCACAGACAGGAAUUAAAGUUCAUGCUCAUGUUACUCCAUACCAAGUAUUUGACACAAUGAGGUCAUGGAUUGGGAGAGAGCAUGAGAAAUUUGUACAGACACUUGAAGAACUUGGUGUGGAAAUAAAUGAUCAAAUACAUUUUGCUGAUGAAGUUCCCUCCUUAGAUAACCAUUUCAGAGUUCAUGAAGUAUUUUGAGACUGCAUGUAUCUGAGUAGUAUAUUCAUUGCAAAAGCACUUUUGAUACUAAGUCCUGACAUCUAGAUUUACAACUUUGAGCAGAUGCUUUCUGAAGAGAAUACUAAAUCAGCCCUGUGUUACUAAUGGAUACUAUAUAUGCAUUUCAAUAGCUUAAAAAGGAGGUUUGGGACCCCCUAACUACAGGAGAUGUCAUUUGAUUCCUGGAAGGAAAAAAAGUUAUGAAGAAUUAUUCUAUAUGUUUUGUGUUAAGUGUGAGCAUUUCUUGACAAAAUGUUGACAGAAUUUUUAGUCCUGGAUGUCCAAAGUUGUAUACUGCCUCUAAUGGGAAUUUUAAGUGCUCAAGACCUUCAAAUGUCUGGAUACUUCAAUUUAGUAGCUUCCAGGGCUGAAAAUUUUGGUCUCUGUCAAUAGCAGGUAAAGCAUUAAUUUUUCAGCAUAAGGAUAGUGGUGAUUGUUAUGGUAGUCUUAGGUAUGUAUUUUGUUGAAAACUGUUUUCAAUAGUUAAUUAAAUCUUCCAGUUUUGCUACAUUUCUCCUAACAGAAACAAAAUCUCAAGUUUACCUUUGGAAUAAUUGUGCCAAUCUGUUUUUCUUCCUUAUGAGCGCCUUGCCUUUUCUGUGGCUAUAAAGUUUCCUUAACUCAUUGCCUAGCAUUUUCUAGUGAAUAGCCAGUUUGCCUGAGGAGCUUGAAAAUUUUGCCAUAAUUGUGUCAAGUGACCAAGAAUGUUCAUAAGGGUGUAGUCUGUCGCUGUUUCAACGUACCUUGCUAUUGUUUUGACUAACUUCUAUAAGGACCAGCAGAAAUAUCUGCAUUUUCAACUCAAGACGUCUCUUUAUCCCUUCUGACUUUGGACUGGUGAGGUUUUUCUUCCAAAUUGCGGCAUUGGUGUUCAUCUAAAUCGGGGCAUAAGUACAUGAUGAGAAGUUGCAUAAAAAAUAUUAGACUCUGUUGACUGUAGCUGUUUAAUAAUGCUCCCAUUUGUAGAACUGUUCUCUCCUUUAGAUGUACUGCAGUAGCUGUUAAUACUGCCACCCAAAAAAUCUAUUUUCAGAGCUCAGUGCUCAAUACAAAAACAAAAACUCAACAACUCUAAAUAUAAAGCUAGACAAAUUAGAUGCAAAAUGUGUCAUCUAUUUCAGGCCCCAAACCUGAAAGUUCUUCAGAAAAAGAAACUACCGAAACAGGGACACAUGGGGAUAUUACCACAAUUUUUCUACUGUUGUAAGUAACUUUUUCAAUUUAUCUACAAAUAAAUCUUAGGAAAUCCCUUGUAUAACAACUGCAGCUUUCAACAAUAAACCUGUAGCUUAAAAUGGUUCUGGGUUUUCUGAAAGCACAAAAGCAAAUUAGCAAAUCUCUGUGAAGAUCACACAAACAAAUACAUCUCAAUUCUGAAAAAAAAAAAAAAAAGAAAAGGUGUUAUACUCAACUUUGUUCCUGUGUUUCACUAUUUAGCAAAACAUUCCCUAUAUUUUUUGCAGCUUCUUACUCUUACACUGUGGAAGGAAGGACCUGUGUCAUCUUUCCUUUGCUGACACCCUUUAAAUUUAUAGGGUUCACUGGAGACGGUAUUUGACAUCUCUUGCAGGGGUAGUGAACAUGUUAAUGACCAUUGAAGAAUGAGAAAUGUGUGUUGAACUCUUAAGAAGACUUCUUUCUACUGCUUUUAUUAUUUUGAGUGUAAAAAGAUUAUGCAUACAGUAUGUACCUUACAAUGUAAAAGGGAGCUCUAUCACUAAUAAUUAGACUAUAUGUAACAACUUUAUCAAAAGUGGAAAUAAUCUAUUUUAAUUGAUGGAGAAAAGAGCAACAUGCAAACCAACUGUAGUAUUUUGUAAAAGAAUCUGAAAUGUAGUUCCAUUUUAAAAAAAAAAAAAAAAAAAAAAAAACUUUCCUGGAGAUUUCAUUUGACCCUAUUUACCCACGGAUUACCUACCUUUACCGAUAGUGGGCUUAUAAGAACUUAUCUGUUCUAAGGGAUGCUAUUUCCCUUUAUUUCUCCUCUUGAUAACAUUUGCAGCAUAUGCCAGGACUCUUUCCUGUAUAGGAAAUGUGGAUCACCUUAGAAAUAGUUUUAAUAGCCUACACAUGCCUGCAAAUUGCUUGAAAUAUCUUUGAUUAUCCAUAAUUAAAUUGAAAAAAGGUAAACAAAUAUACCACUGCUCUUGUUCCCUGACAGUUCAAUUUCAAUAUUUUCAAAAUUAACCAGACUAAUUUGGGUAUGCUAAGACUUGCCCUAUCCAAUGGCAGCACAGAUCACAGACCAAUUUCAAAACAGUUUAGUGCUAGCCAAAACACCAGGAGCUGGUUGUUGCAAGCUUUGGAAAACAGUUAUGAAAAUAUUGUAAUCAUCUCCAGAAGUUUCUGAAUGGCUGUCCUAUGAAAAUAAUAUUAAUCUGUUUGAUGGAGGCACCUUACAAUAACUGCUAAAAUCAGCUCAAUUUUUGCUGUAUUCCUUUACAACAAAGUGCUUAUUCUUUAAAGCUUGUUGCUAAUCUUGUCAUGAGACUUAAUGUUGUGGAGGGAAAACUGACUGGUUGUUUUUCACUCUCUUAACAGUUCUAGUUCUCAGUUGGAAUGUGCCUCUAUCAUUCACCAUACUGCAUGCAAAAAUGUUAUGCAAUGAUUGUAGAAAAUAAACCAUUUCUAAUGGGUGAGAACAUUUCAAUGUGAAUGUAAAAUGAUUAAACAAGGAAUGUGCAGUUAA